AUGUUCCCCCGGUUCCCGUUCCACGACCACAUUCUGAAGCUCGCAGAAAUGUCCCGCCAGCUUGGAUUCCUUCGAUUCCAGAACAUCAGUUUCUCGCGCGCAUUCAUGGAACAAAAUUUUCCCAAUAUACUCCUCUACGGCCCAAGCGCCGGGCCAAAUGACCGCGGUACCAAAGUUCGCAUUGCGUUCAGCCGAGAACGAGAGGAUCGUGUACGUGCUAGAGCUGAGGGUGACUGGGUCUGCAAGAUGUGUUCUGUUGUCAAUUACUCCACCCGACAAAGGUGUUUUCGCUGCCAAGCUCCUCGGCCUGAAUCUGGCCCAGCAGGACCCCCAGGUAUAGCUGCCCCGAAGGUGGAGAACCAUGGCGACAACGAUGCUGCGCCGGAGAACCAGGCUUCCCAGUUCCUUCUCUUUAGAGGAUUGGAAUCUUCGGUAACAGAAGAACUCCUGGCCAAGGGGGUUGCAAAACUAUACCGGCCGGCUUCUGGUGACAACUCGGCUGGAAAUCAGAAGAAAGGCGCCAAAGUGGCUUCUACCACGGGCGAUUCCAAUCUGGGAGCACGAGAUGGUUCCAUUCGUCGUGUGCUGCUAGUCCGGGACCGCAGAACCAACGAAAGCUGGCGGUAUGGCUUUGCAGAGUUUGCUACAAUCCAGGACGCCCAAGCCGCUGUUGCUCGUCUCAACUCAUUCGAAAAGUUCACCAUCUCCUCCAGGCCAGUUCUUGUGAGCUAUAUCCACGCUGGUGUAUUCGUGCCCGUGAUCAAUCCCAGUGCAAGCACAGAGAGGUUUACUUUUAGCCCUUUGAACAACCCUUCGUUAAAGCUCAUGUACUGGGAUGAAGAGGCCUAUGUUACAGAGCUCACCGUGUCCACAGCCGACCUCGAUAAUAACCAACCCCAGCAAAAGAGCGACAAAGCGGGCCAAUCGGAGAAUUCCGCCAAAGCCAACAAGGACGCAGAUAAGGCGAAAAAGAGAAAAGCCGAGUCAUCCGCGGCUGCAGGCGCCAAGAAGCUUGCAGUGCCGUCCCAUUUACAGUUCUGGAGCAAUCGACAUGCUGAGCUGCACGGAAUCCAAAAGAAAGAUGCAGACAGCGGUGCUGGCGAUGGAGCAGAUACGCUCGAAGCAUCUGCACCGCCAACCCAGUCUUACGCGGAUCUGAAUCGGAAUUGCUGCUAUCUGUGCAUGCGGCAAUUCAAGACGUCGGCGGAAGUGAACCGUCACGAGCGUCUAAGCCAGCUCCACCGGGGAAACCUGCAAAAUGAAGAUCUCAAGGCAAAGGCAAUGGGCAAGCUCAUCAAACACGGAAUCGUGCAACAACCACCAGAAUAUCGCGAUCGAGCCCGGGAGCGUCGUAAGGCAUUUGGCAGCUCCAAGACCGCCGCUCCCAAGAAGAGUGCGCCCCCGCCGCAGGAGGAAGAACCACCAGUCGAAAACACAUCCAAGGGCGCUUCCUUGCUCAGUAAGAUGGGGUGGUCGGCUGGGUCCGGCCUGGGUGCUCAAGGAACGGGCAUGACCGCCCCCAUUGCUACAGAAGUUUAUGCCCAAGGAGUAGGACUGGGAGCGCAAGGAAGCAAGCUGGGCGACGCAACCGAAGAAGCUGGUCGCAACACGCGCAACCGAUACGACGAGUUUUUGGAAAAGACGAGACAGACCGCGCGGGAGCGAUACGAACAGAUGGAAAGAUGA